AUGUCGGGCUUUGGAGGCUUUGGUGGUUUUGGCCAGAACAAUAACCAGACAACUAGUUCCGCAUUCAAUGGGUUCGGUACAAAUACGGCUCAAUCUACAGGCUUUGGAACGGCACCCACCUCAGGAUUUGGAUCAACAAAUAAUACCACGGGGACUGGUCUGUUUGGAAGUGGUACUACAAGCGCUUUUGGUGCUCCUGGAGCUACGAGUGCCUUUGGUAGUACAACAAACGCUUUUGGUGCUGCCAAACCACCUACAUUUGGUACAACUCCUUCAACCGGAGGUGGGUUAUUUGGGAGUGGCAAUACAAGCACUGGUGGUGCAUUUGGCACUAGUGGAUUUGGGGCAAACAGUUCAUCGACAACUUUUGGAGCUAAUAAUGCCGGAGGAAGUCUGUUCGGAGAUAUUAACAAAGAUAAUACAGCUGCUUCAAGUACUCCGUUUGGGAGCACACCAUCAGCAGCAACCUCUGCAUUUGGCGCUCCUGCACAAGCUGCCAUAAGUCAGCCAACUACGGGAGAAUGUCAAGGAACAGGUAGUGUUCCAUUUCAAGCCUUCGUUGAGAAAGAGCCAAAUAGUAGCUCCAACCAACAAAACUCUUUUCAAAACAUAACUUUUCAGUUGCCGUACCAGAAGUUUUCCCCGGAAGAGCUAAGGUUAGUAGAUUAUAACCAAGGUCGGCGUUAUGGAAAUGGAAGUAAUCAGGCGGGAGCCUUCGGGCAAACAAAUUUCGGAGGAUUUGGCGCAAAUAAUACAGGAUUUGGCUCAGCAAAUAAUACCACGGGAGGAACAAUGUUUGGUACAGCAAAUACAAGCUCUCCUUUUGGAACCACACAGCAAACAACUGGGGGAUUUGGUAACAAUUCAACAACUGGAACUGGCAGUAUUUUUGGGGCAAAACCGACAACAGGGGGAUUAUUUGGUACUCAACAAACAACUCCGCAAACUGGUGGCUUAUUUGGGAAUACCACUCCAAGUGCAUUUGGUAAUACGAAUACCAAUCCUGGAGCUUUCGGCACAGCAAAUACAAAUACGGGUGGAUCUCUAUUUGGGCAGGCAGCUCCUGCAAAACCUGCCUUUAGUUUCGGAUCCACGCAACCAACUUCGGCUGGAACAGGCUUUGGCGGAACAACAACGACAGCUGGUGGGUUUGGUAGUGGUGGACUCUUUGGCAAUAAUAAUCAGCAGCAGCAACAACAACCUGCGACUUCAGGUUUUGGUGCUCAACAGCCUACUGGAAAUAUUGCUUUCGGUGCACUUGCAGCAAAUACCCAAGCUAGCGGAACGACGUCUCUUUUCGGAAACACUCAGCAAAAGCCCGCGGGUGGUCUAUUCGGAACACCAGCACCUGCCACUAACACUGGAGGCCUCUUUGGCAACAACUCAGCCAAUUCAGCCUUUGGUAACAAUAUAAGCAAUCAGACCAGCUCAAGCCUUUUUGGAAACAAACCUGCUAAUUCUGGUAACGAAAAUGUCUUCGGUGCGCAAAAUAAUCAACCUAAUGCUGCUGGAAAUGCCUUUUCUGGCUUCGGAAAUCAAAAUCAACAAGCCCCCAGUCUUUUUGGCUCAAUAAAUAACAAUAAUCAACAAAAACCCUCGUUAUUUGGAGGAAACCAGCAAAAUUCAACUAAUAAUUUAUUCGGGAAUACUGGUAUCCAACAAAAUAACUCUUUAUUUGGUAGUACCAAUAACCAACAACAGAUAAAUUCAGGUUUUGGUGGAGGGAAUAUGUUUAGUAAUACUAUUCAAAACCAACAAGGACCUCAAGCAUUAACAGCUAGCAUUGGGGAUAAUGCCGCCUUUGGUUCCCAGUCUCUUUUUGCCGAUAUAGCCUCUACACAAGUGAAUAAUCCAGGUCCCAUCGCGACUCCUCUAUCUAGUAAUCGCAAUUCAAGCGGGCCAAAAAAUGCAGCUUUACCUCUCUAUAAACUUAACUCUGCGUCUACUUCACGAUUUUCUACCCCCCAAAGACGUGGGUUCGGGUUUUCAUACAGUACUUAUGGUUCACCAGCCAGUGCCACUAGCACUUCUAGUACCCCAGGUGCUUUCAAUACUAGUAACUUACUUGGAGCUGGAUCUUUCAGCCGCACGCUCAGCAAGAGCGUUUCUACCAGCAGUCUCCGCAGAAGCUUCAACACGGAGGAUAGUAUUUUGGCUCCUGGAGCAUUCUCGGCGAGUUCGGGGGCUGGAAACUUUGGAAGUACCGGAAGUGUCAAGAAGUUAACCAUAAGUCGAAAUAUUCGUUCUGAUUUGUUCACGCCUCCCCUAUCGCAAAAACAGCAAUCAAAUAUUCCAUCCGGAAUACUAAAAAAGAGGGUAUCAUUUGACUCUAGUGUCGGAGGUGGCAGCGGAGGGAUUGGUGCUUCCAGCCCGUUGAAACAGGUUGAUACAGCCACUCUCGGACAAAAAGAGCUUGGCUACUCUCGAGGCCGAACAACAACAAAUGGAAACCAGUCUUCUGUAAUGGUCCCUGCUAUCGAUACAGAUCAGCUCACCACUAGCAGUAAUCAACUUGCUAUUGUUAGAGAAGAGGAAGCCGCUGAACCAGGGGAGUUUGGUGCAUCUGAAUCUUUAGACGAAAGAAAAGCUGGAGAUUAUUGGAUGAAACCCAGUAAAGCAGAAAUUGAAUCCAUGAAUCGUGUGCAACGGCAAAAAAUAUCAGGGCUUACAGUUGGUCGGCACGGGAUCGGCUCAGUGAAAUUCAAUGUCCCAGUUGAUCUAACCUCUAUCAAUAUUGAUGAAAUCAUGGAUCAUAUAGUAAAGAUAGAAGUUCGUCAGGUCACCGUGUAUCCCGACAACUGCCAGAAGCCACCAGUGGGUAGAGGCCUUAAUGUACCUUCAACUAUUACAUUAGAAAACUCUUGGCCCCGCAAGAAAGACAAAAAGACACCCCUAACAGAUCAAUCGGGUAUACGGCUACAAAAACAUAUUGAAAAGCUGAGAAAAGUCCCAGACACAGAAUUUGUCAAUUAUGAGAAGGCUACAGGAACCUGGAUAUUCAUGGUUCCACAUUUUACAACUUAUGGAUGUCCAGACGAGGAUGAGGAUGAAAUUAAUGAAGAAGAAGCGAAGCCGGUUAAAAAUUUUGGGCCCGUCGCACAAGAUUCAACACAAAACUCUUCCGUGUCUAAUCACUUUGAUUCAUCAUUUGUUUCCUCACAAAUGACGCUAACAGACUCGGAACCAGAAGAUACCUUUCAGUUCAAAAAAUCUAAAAUCUUUCUUCCCGGUGCUUUCGACGAUCGAGUUAUCUACGAAGAUAGCCACCAAAAUCAACUAACAGUAACAGAAGAAAAUUCGUUUUUAGACGACCGCUCCGUACACUCCUCAUCCGAUAAUAGUUCAAGAAACUCGAUGGAACCAGCUUCUGUGUCAAAUAAUUGUGAAUCAGACGGCAACUUUCCCCGCGAAUCAAACAGCAUGUUACUUGAGUAUGGAAGUUUAGUAGAGCUUAUCAGCUCUGAAGGCGAUGAUGAUGAUAUUAGAUCCGAAAAGGAUAAUCCAGCAGCUUUUGAAACAUCACUUUGGGAUGAUUCAAGGAAUUUUGGCACUCCCACGGGGCGCUUCCUUCCAAACGAUGAUUGGACAUCCACGUUACAAAAGACAAUUAGUCCUCGGAAGCAAGAUCGUGCACUUCUUAAGAGUCUAGUUGAAGUAGAAGAUGAAGAAUCACAGUUUGGUACCUUCAAAAACUCGGUGUCUGACCGCAUGAUUUUAGAUGGAGAUGGACUCGUCACUAGCAUUGAUCUUAUGAACUCUCUCUUCGGUCAGAGUAGAGUUUAUGGAAAGCUUUCCCAAGCUCCCGCAAAAAGGAUGGGGUUUGAGUGGCCAUAUGAAAAGCGACCAAAAACAAGUGAGCACGAUACUUCUAACAUGGAUGAAAACGAACGAUUAUUUUAUUAUUCUUUGCGACCUGAAUGGGGCCCUGAUGGUACUCUCAUCUACGCUGCACCUAUUCCUGGGAAUUCAUUGAAAAAGUCUCCUUUAGGGGAUCGAGAGAGCAAUGCACUGCUCUGUAUACAGAAGAGAGUUAUUGUAUCUGAGCAUAGAGAUCUUCAUUUUGCAAGAUUUACAAAUGAGGCAUCGGCUGGACUGUUUCAAAGAUACAAGGAUAUUGCGAUUAUAGAUGAAACAAAUAGUAUCCCAAUUGCUGCUCUGCCCAACACAUUUUUAUUUUCUAAUUUCUCUGAUAAUAGCAGUUCUCGCGACCAGGCAAUGAGUCAUGAGAAACUUGUGUGGGAGUUGGCUAGUAUUCUAUGGGAUGAUUUCAUAGUUCCUGAUGAACUCCAAGAUAUCCCUCAAAUUAAAUCUCUACUACGAAAAGAAAAGUUAUCCGUAUUCUGGGAAAAGGUUGUCGAAGAUUCUUCAAGUAAACAAAUCGCCUUGACAAGAUCUUAUGAGGAAAAAGCAAUAUUUUCCCUCUCUGGUCAUAAGGUUGAUAAUGCGUGCUCUAACUUAAUAGCUGCAGGUAAUCUCCGCCUUAGCACACUUGUUGCACUUAUUGGAAGCAAGGAAAGCAUCAGGAAAGAUAUACGAGAACAACUUCAUGCUUGGCAGAAUUCGAAGAUACUUUCUGAAUUUACACAGCCUAUCAGGACAAUAUACGAGAUUCUAGCAGGAAAUGUCUGCACAUGCGAGGGACUCAAGGGGCCUUUAGAAGAUAGAGUCGAUCAUUUUACUAUAUCAAAGCGUUUUGGACUUGAUUGGCGACAGGCCUUUGGACUUCGAUUAUGGUACGGUAUCUCAUUCGAAGAACCUAUCGAAUCUGCCGUGAAAUCAUUUGAUGUAGACAUAAAGGAAAAGAAAGAGACUGCAUGGCCUAUUCCAUGGUAUAUUGAACAUAAAGUACCAGCUUUAUGGCAAGAUCCUAGUGCAAACGAUCGCAUUGAUUUACUCUGGGGGCUUUUGAAGCUGUAUUCUUUUGAAGAUGCGGAUAUAGAAGAUGCACUCUGCCCAGAAAACGCGCAAUUGUCGCCAAUGAAUGUUCGACUUUCGUGGCAGCUUAGCCAGGCUAUGAUUUGUGCUGGUCCUCUCCGAUUCAAAUCUGAGAGUAAAGUCAAAGCUGACCAACUCACCUUAUCAUUUGCCUCUCAACUUGUCAGUGAAGGUAGCUGGCUUGAUGCGACCUUCGUUCUCUUACAUUUAACAUCUCCAGAUAUGAGAUCUAGAUCAAUUCAGGAUCAUAUAGGUCGGAAUGCAGGUCAAAUUAAAAAUGAAACCUGUCCAAAUUUUAUCAUGCUUGAAAAAAAAUACAAGAUUCCUACAUCUUGGAUUUGGAGAGCUAAGGCUCUAUAUCUACGAAGUGUGGAAAACGAUCCUAGGGGUGAAGUAGAAUGUCUCCUCAAAGCUGGCUCGUUUUGUGAAGCUCAUCGAACUUUUUAUAGGGAAGUAGCUCCCAAAGCCCUAAUAGAGCUGGACUAUGAAAGCUUGAGAGUACUUCUCAGAGGAUUUCUUGGUAUGGACAGUGUAAUUGGAGAAUGGUACUUGGGAGGACAAAUCUAUAAAGAUUUUCUGGAACUUGUUGACUCAGAAAGUGUGGGGCACGCUGCAGAUGACCUAGUUCUCGAAAGAUUACUAAGCGGACUUCCGUCAAUCAUGGAAGAGUCAAGGCACCAAUCUUUUAUGGAGAAAGUGGCUGUUCAAACAAUGAGCUCUACGGUUGCCAAGACAGUGCUUCACUAUGCAAAGCAAGGAGCGACGAAUUAUCUUCCUAAAAUUCCAAAGCUUCCCCUCACCGAAGAUAAGUAUUUAGAACAUACCUUUGAACUCAGCUCUCUGUUACUUAAUACUGUAAUGGCGGGUGCCUAA